UUUUACAAGCGUGAAAGAAGAUACAAUUUGAAUGCAUAUAUGAGGCUCGAAUUUUAAGUGGCGGGAACAUUUCUGAAUUAUUUUACGUACAAGCACUUUACUUUUAAUUUACAAUUAAACGAAGUCUUAUUUAAUGAUUACAUCGAAUUAAGUUUAAAGAAAAUCAUGAAGUGCGUCAUACCUGGGGGAAAUGUGAAAAGUAUAUCUAAAAUGAAUAUUUUACCUAGGUUAUGUUAUGUCACAGAUAUAAAACAUUUUCUUUUAAUGAAAUAUAUUUCUUUUAUAAGGACAUUUAAGUGAUUUAUAAGUUGUAGCAAAAGCCAUCCAUGCUCUAGCGAAGAUUGGAGAUGAAAUGUAUGUACAACCUCAAUCAAAUAGCUUAUCCUUUCGUGCAAUUAACAUGGCCAAUUCUGCAUACGCUGACUUUACUUUUUUUGAGAAUUACUUUUCGUAUUAUGUAUUCGACGAUCUUGAGGAAGACGAUGCUCUUAAGUGUAAAAUUUCUAUGAGGAGCGCUAUGACAGUCUUCAAAACACCAAAUAUGAUAGAUAAACAAGUAGAAACCUGUCAUAUUGAGUUAAAGCCAAAUGCAGAUUUUCUUUUUAUUACUUUAAAAUAUAAAAAUAGCAUCAUAAAGAAACAUAUUUUGCCGAUCAUAGAUAGUGAAAAAUUACAGGCUACAUAUAUAAAAGAUAGUGCGACCAAUCAAUUAUCCGCGCAGUCUAUUAUACUUGGAGAUGCUAUACAAAAUUUCCAACAAAAUUUAAUUGAAAUCACUCUUGAAAUUCUACCACAAAAAGUUUUGCUUAGAAAUUAUAUAGAUGAUACGUCUAACAUAGCUAAUGUAACAAGGACACAGUUGGUACUUGGUAGAGGUGAAUUUGAUCGAUAUUCAGUUAAUACAGAGACAACGAUUACAUUUUGUAUGAAAGAGUUGAAAGCAAUUCUUAAUUUUGCUGAAUUUGUUAAAUUACCAAUUAAUAUGUAUUUAGAAAGCGCAGGAAAACCUGCUGUGUUUGUAUUAAAAAAUCCAACUUUGGAAGUAAAUUUGGUAUUGUCUACUUUAAAUACUGAAGUUGAUAGCCAAUCUGAGACAACUGUUACCGAGAAAGCAGUCAAGCCUAUACGAAAGAGGGCUACAGUUAAAAGAUCAACAAAACGAUCAUCUAAAUCUUCAAAUAGAACAAAUAAUACAUCAUUUUCUAAUACUACAGUUAUAUCGAAGCAAAAGGAAUCAAGUGACAUAAAAAUAGGAAAAGAAGUGACAAAUAAUGAUGCUCGUGUAUCAUCAAAAGAACAUAAUCAAAAUGAUAUUGUAACGGAUGCGAAUACAUCGAGUACAAAUGAUAUAUUCUCAAAACCUAAUGUAUCUAAUAAUGAAAAGAAAUUAGCACAUAAUAUAUUUUCAAACAUAUUAAAAAGAAAGUCUGGUGAAGGUUGUACAAAAUAUCUGGAUAAUGUCGUUGGAGAAAAGAACAAUGAUGAGUUAGAAAAUACUGUGCCUAAAUCACCAUCUCCUCCGUCUAAGAAAGCACGCUUUAUCUUCAGAAAAUGUUUUCAAACAACAUUUGAUCCACGAAUGUUGCCUGGUCAUGAUACUAUUCUAGUUGAAGAUUCAGAUGAAAACAGCGAAUGACUUUGUUAUUUAUUUAAAAUAUUCUUAUGAACUUUUGUCGGAUUAAAAAAUAUCUAUUUGGAAAUUUCUUCUUUCAACUUAUUAAUUGAAGCAAGUUAAAUAAAGUUGUAAGUAAAGUUCUUGAUCUCACUGGAUGCUACAAAAUGUUAACUCUUAAUUUUGUAUCAUAAUGUACAUAAAUAUUAUUAAACUAUAUCUUGUUCAUCGAUAAAUUAGAAAAA